CAGGUGGGGAGCGGGGCGGGAGCGCUAGCGAGGCCUCUGGGCGGGCGGGGCUGCGGUCUCGCGCUCCAGGUGCCCGGAGGAGGGGCGCGCGCACGGGCCCGGGAGCGCGGGAGAGGGAGGCGCGCGGCGUCCGGCGGGCGCGCUUCCUCGGAGGAGACAGGCGGAGAGGCGGCCAGGCCGCGGCUGCGGCUCCGCUCCUUCCUGUCGGCCCGACCCGGAGGGCGCGCGGAGGCGGCGAGCGCUGCACCUGAGCGCCCGGACACUGCUGGGCCUGUGCCCGGGGCGCAAGGCCGACGCGAGGCGGGAAGCUGCUCUCUGCGUGGAGGUCCGCCUGCUUAACUCGGCGAGGUCGGUCAAGAAUGCAGGACUUGGAAUAAUGGAUUUAAGCUACAGGAAGGUGGAUUCGGGUUGAAUUUUAGAAACAAAAGUCACUAAUGGUUGAUGUCUUUUAGCUUAAGUUCUUCAGCUGGAGGCAACAUGAGCAGAAGCAAGCGUGAAAAUAACUUCUACAGUGUUGAAAUUGGAGAUUCUACUUUCACUGUACUAAAACGAUACCAGAAUUUGAAGCCAAUUGGUUCAGGUGCACAGGGGAUAGUAUGCGCAGCUUAUGAUGCUCUCCUUGAAAGAAAUGUUGCAAUCAAGAAACUCAGUCGACCAUUUCAGAAUCAAACGCAUGCUAAAAGAGCGUACCGAGAACUGGUCCUCAUGAAGUGUGUAAACCACAAAAAUAUCAUUGGUCUGUUAAAUGUGUUCACUCCACAGAAAUCCCUGGAAGAAUUCCAAGAUGUUUACAUAGUGAUGGAGCUCAUGGAUGCAAAUCUCUGUCAGGUCAUUCAGAUGGAGCUUGACCAUGAACGAAUGUCCUACCUGCUGUAUCAGAUGUUGUGUGGUAUUAAGCAUCUUCACUCAGCUGGAAUUAUACAUAGGGUUAGUAAGAUCAUUUCUGUUGUUUUACAUUUUAUGUUACUUCUCUUUAUUAAACUAAGCAAAUUUCAAUGUACUUGAAAUACCAUCUGUGCCUCUUGCGAGCAUCCUCUCAAAUACAACACUAGAUUAGGUAUAGUAUUUGUGUUACUUGCUUUUAAUUAAUUUGAUUUAUUCUUAAAUCACCUUCCUCAGUAUAGUUUCAGUCU